AGCAACAGCUUGUUGCCAUUGACAACACCUCCGCAUUGUCUUGCAUGUUGAUUUUCCCCGGCACAUAGGCCAAUGGCAAGGCCAUCAUGCCAAAAUCCUCGCCACUGCCGUGCCGCUUGCCGAUCAGCUUUGUCAGGGGUCUAACACUAGUAGCAUUCCCCAUCUUUUAUCACGUGCAUGUUCUAUAUACUACUUUUGAAAGCAUGGCCUACCAAUUUAUAAUGCAACUGGUUUCGAAUUUCUUCGUUUUCAAAGGAAAGCAGAACUUGUUGUCUGCUUUCGUUUCUUUCUUUCUUCACACCUCCAAUUAGUCUUCUCAAUCCAACAGGAACAAUCAAAUGGAUAAAUUGGCCGACUUGAAGCACCUGUUUGUGACAGUGUUUCUAGCAAAUUUUGCGCUGAAUGUGAUCCCUCCUGCUAUAACUGAUAUCACCGUUGGCGCACUCUGCCCUGCUCAAGACGAAUGCUCUCUUGCCAUUUAUCUUUCCGGUUUCCAGCAGGCUAUCUUAGGACUGGGAUCAAUGCUGAUGUUGCCAUUGCUGGGACAUUUAUCAGAUAUAUAUGGAAGGAAAGCGUUGCUCACAGUCCCGGUGGCUGCCGCCAUUGUUCCGUCAGUAAUAUUGGCAAUUGGAAGGUCAACAAACUAUUUCUAUGCUUACUAUGCGAUAAAGACCUUCACUGGCAUGGUCAGUGACAAUGGAAUUGAGUGCCUUUCCAUUGCUUAUGCGGCAGCUAGCAUAUCAGAAGAAAAACGUGUUUCUGCAAUUGGAGCUGUUGCCGGCAUAGGCUCAGCUGCAUAUCUUUUUGGUACUAUGGCUGCUCGCUUCCUCUCCACUGCUCACAUCUUUCUGGUGGCAGCUAUUUCUUCAAUGGUUGCAGCAAUAUACAUGAGAAUAUUUCUAGAGGAGACAAGCAACCAUUUUCGGAGUGAUGAUGCUCUAAAUCAACCCAUAUUAGGGGAGAGCAGUGCAGAAUGCUCUCAAUCUGGAAGUAAUGACUCAUCAAAAAUAGUGCCACAGAGCUUUAAGAAAGUCCUACCACUCAAGGAUAUUUUUUGCUUGCUCAGGAGCAGCGUAACUCUUUCGCUAGCAACAGUCAUUGCUUUCUUGAACGGUCUUGGGGAGGGUGGACAACAAACUCCAUUUUUGUAUUUCUUAAAGGCUCGACUUCAAUACAACAAAGAUAACUUUGCUGUUUUAAUCCUUAUUGGCUACAGUGGAGCAGCAAUUGGCCAGUUAUUCUUGAUGCCUCGGUUGGCUCCGAUUAUCGGAGAGGAGGCAAUUCUCUCCUUAGCCCUCAUUGCUGGAUUCAUAAACAUGCUAAUUGAUAGCAUUGCAUGGGCAGUCUGGGUUCCUUAUGUUGCUAAUUUGUUGCCUAUCAUUGCCUUCCUAACCAGACCGGCUUUACAAAGCAUUGUUUCAAAACAAGUUGGGCCAAAUGAACAGGGAAUUGCUCAAGGGUGCAUUGCAGGCAUAAGCUCAUUCGGAAAUAUUCUUUCUCCAUUAAUAUAUACUCCUCUAACAAAUUUAUUUUUAUCAGAGAGGGCUCCCUUCAAUUAUCCGGGAUUCAACUUGUUCUGCGUCGGCCUUGCUUGGUUGAUAGCUUUUAUCCCUAGUAUGAUGAUACAGUUUGGUCCCCAUAAUUCAAGACUCAAAAACAGAGACGGUGGCUGCAGCUCGGAUGCUUAAAUUUUGAGGUCUUAUCGGUGUUGUUCCUUCUUGUUUUUCUUUUCAUGUGGUGCUUAUGCUUUCCCGAGUCGAGGGUCUCUUGGAAAUAACUUCUCUAUCUCCACAAGGUUCGGGUAAGAUCUGCGUACAAACUACCCUCUCCAAACCCCACUAUGUGGGAUUAUAUGUCUAUGUAUCUAUUAGGAGGAUUUUCAUUCACUCAAAUAAAGAUCUCAGUUUUCUAAAUAAUGAAAUAUCACUGGUGUCUGGUGGUUAUUUAUU